CCCAAUGAUCGAGAGAAAUGGAACUUCCUCAUUUCAGUCACAAACAUCCAUUGACUUUCUUUGAUGGGCAAAACACACACAGUGAUGCCGAAAAUACCAAGUGCUCUGGCUGCCUGGGUCCAAUACUCGAGGAAUCUAGCUAUGGUUGCACUCAAUGUCACUAUUUUCUCCACAAAAAAUGUGCGGAGCUACCCCGUGAAAUUUUCCAUCCUUUCCACCCAGAACACCGUCUUCGUCUUCAACCCCACCAGCAGGGACUUCGUUGUGCUUUGUGCUUCAGCGGUAGGCAGAGCAUGAUUUAUCACUGCUCUCUCUGUCACUACUCCCUUCACAUUAAAUGUGCUGAAAUUUCACCUCCGGCGUGGAUGCGGAAUACCCCGUCUCGUCUCCAUUUUAUAGCUGUGAAGGGUGUGAUUUCUUCCCUCCAUAAAACUUGUCCUGAAUUACCCAUAAAAAAACCUUCCCCAUUUCACCCGCAUACACUUACUCUUCGACCAAAAUCACCUCAUUCUAACAGAGUCUUCGCAUGUAAUGUCUGUUCAACCUACUCCAACGGCUUCUCUUACAACUGCAAGAGAUGCAGUUUUGAUCUCGAUCUUCGCUGUUCUUCGAUUUCAGACACCCUUAUCCAUCAAGCUCAUGAACAUAGCCUCUUUGCCUUCUUCCUGAAUGAUGAUGUGUUAUAUUGCCAAGGCUGUGGUACGCCCGGGAAGAACGGACUGUACUGCCAUCAAUGUGUCUAUGUUCUUGAUUUCAAAUGUGCUGCACUACCACCCACAGCUAUGCAUAGCUAUGACGACCAUCCUCUGAAACUCACCUUCAAGGAUGAUUCAGAUUCAGAUCAGCUUUAUUGCGAUGUAUGCGAAGAUAAGAGAGAUCCAAAACAUUGGUUCUACUACUGUGAUGAUUGCGGUGUCACCAUUCAUCCUGAGUGUGUAUUUGGCAAGUAUCCUUAUAUUAAGGUUGGAGAUACUUACACAAUUGAGUCUCACCCACACUCCCUCCGUUUCGUGAAUAAGACAGAGAAGUAUCCUUCCUGUAACUCUUGCGGCCAACCCUGCUCAGAUUUGGCACUUGAAUGUGUGUCACAGUCUGAAUGUAGUUUUAUAGUCCACUGGGAAUGUGUCGCUCCUAACAAGUCUUGAUUUUAACAAUAUAUUCGGCACCCGAUGUAUGUAAGUCUUGUAUUUUCUGCUACAAACGAAGUAAAGGGAGCAGGAGACUAAGACGGAGAUCAAACAUAAAGGUCAAGCAUCCCUGCUCUUCCAAGAUUGGCCACAAUAAAUUAUCAAAGUUUUUGCAAUAUUUGCUUCUAAGAAAGAUUCUGCAGGUCCUACUUAUACUAAUAAUGUUGGAAUUUAUUG